UUCAAAACAGGCUGCGCGUUCCUCUCACGCGCACCGAUUUAUCGAUAGAUCGAUAGAUCGACCGAAAAUUUAAGUUUUGUGUCAUGUGUUUUUAAUUUAAAUAAUUGAAACAAUGUCAAACGUACCGUUAGUUCGCCGCGCGAUUGUUGGAGCUGCCUUGGCACAUACUUCCCAAGAUACGAGUAUACCAGUAGACCAAGCCCAGGAGGAUCAAUGGACUCCAGCUGCUUUAGAGAGAGCUGGGUCUACUUUGAAGGCGCUAAAUCGUAUGGCCAAAAGACCUCCUGUGCAUAUAUUGUUUGAAGAUGUCUGUUAUACUAUUGGAUCAAAUAACGGGGAGCGGCGGAUUCUGCACAACGUUUCAGGUGAAUUUCGGUCUGGCGAGUUGACUUGCAUUCUCGGCCCGUCCGGGGCCGGCAAGUCCACCCUACUGAACAUCCUGGCUGGAUACACAUCAAACGGUGUAAACGGAAGAAUAUCAGUGAACGGCCAAGCCCGUGAGAUGCGAGUAUUCAAGAAGCUAAGCAGCUACAUCAUGCAAGAUGACUUGUUGCAGCCACGACUCACGGUGCAGGAGUCCAUGAAAAUAGCAGCCGAUCUCAAGUUGGGAAGAGAGCUUGGUGAUGCUGAGAAGGACUUAAUUGUGGAAGAAAUCCUACAAACGAUUGGUCUAUGGCAGCACCGAGAUACAAUGUCACAAAACCUCUCCGGGGGACAGUCGAAGAGGCUCUCAGUCGCACUGGAGCUUGUCAACAACCCGCCGAUUAUAUUCCUGGAUGAACCUACCACAGGCCUAGACAUAGUAUCAAUCCGUCAGCUAGUGGUACUAUUACGUCUCCUGUCCCGCCAAGGCCGCAGCAUCAUAUGCACGAUACACCAACCCUCCGCGUCUUUGUUCUCGUUGUUUGACCGUGUGUAUGUGCUGUCUAGGGGAUUAUGUUGCUAUCAGGGGGCCUCGUCAAUGCUAGUCCCGUAUCUAGCGGAGGUCGGUCAUGUGUGUCCCACCACACACAAUCCCGCGGACUUCGUGCUAGAGACCCUUUGCAAUGACAGGGAAGUGGCAGCAAAGAUGGCGGAAUUGUGCCAUAAUGGGAAACUUUGUAGGAGGUUGGACAGAAUUACCGCUAGAGGCGGACGCAAACCGGUUUUACAUUCAGACGAGUCCAUUCAAAGGAUUUUCGUAGAACACGUCGCAAAAGAGCAGUUGCAGAGAAUGGAGUUUCCGACCACGUUUUUGACCCAAUUCUGGAUACUGUUGAAGCGCAUGUUCUUGCAGAGUAGGAGGAAUUCUAUAAGCCUCUGGAUCCAAUUUAUCCACCACCUCACAGCAGCAGUUCUUCUCGGCGGCAUUUUCUUCGGUAUCGGCAAUAAUGGUUCCGUACCAAUUGCAAAUUUCAAGUUUUGCCUCAGCUGCCUUGUGUUUUUCAUGUACACUUAUGUCAUGAUUCCUAUAUUACUGUUUCCCAUGGAAAUGCGUAUGUUGCGACGGGAAUAUUUCAACCGAUGGUACAGUCUGAAAGCGUAUUAUGCUGCACUUACCAUUUCAUCUGUUCCAGUUAUGGUAAUCCUCGGAAUGCUGUUCAUCAUAACAAGCUACUUACUAUCUGGACAACUGCUUGAAUGGGACAGAUUCAUAUUGUUCUCUAUCGUUAGUCUUCUAACCGCUUUGUGUUCUGAAGGCUUGGGACUGUUGGUUGGAACUACAUUUAGUGUAACGAAUGGCUCAAUAGUUGGCCCAGCAACCGUUGCACCUUUACUAGCUCUCUGUUGCUACGGGAUGGGUUUCGGUCGCUUCAUCGAACCAAUCAUGAAACUUCUCAUGUCCAUAUCGUAUUUACGAUACGCGCUAUCCGGUCUUUGCCUUUCCCUUUACACCAAACGGCCAUUAAUGGAGUGCGAAGACGAAUUCUGCCUUUACGCCGACCCAAAACUAUUAUUACGCGACAUCGGAAUGGCGAACGAUAACUAUAUCAUACAAAUCGUCGCUUUACUCGCGUUCACGACUUUACACAGAACGGUAGCGUAUUUCGCGCUACGAUAUAGACUAACAUCAGAAUUCACUAGCAAAUUCAUGACGUAUAUAAGCAAAUUUUUGAAGCACAGAUAAUGUAUUAGUUAAUUUAUUAUAACGGGUCUAAUAUGAUAACGUUUUACGAUGUUCGGUUAUGAUAACGAACGUAUCGCGGAAUGCGGA